CAGAUGUCGGCUCUUCUGGGAUCGGGUUUAUAGCAGCACCUCGGUGGAUGCCUGUGCUGGGGGCAGGUGGGACACACUGUCCGGGUCCCUUCAUAAGGACUCCUUCAUGGCUGAUAUCAGGAUGAGGUGCAGCUUGCGAGUAUGGCUCUUCAGCACCUCGGUCCUUCUCUUUAUCAUGUCCCUGCUCUUCACUUACUCGCAAAACAGCACAGACACUCCAGCCUAUUCGGAGUUAACGGGCUGGGUGUCCUCAGAGGGGCACCCAGUCCGUCUCAUGCCAGGAUAUGCCGGGGCUAGGAACAGACCACUGCCGCUACUGCCAAAAAACUGCUCGUGCCGCCACUGCCUUCGGCAGCCAGGGCACUCGGCGUGGUUCGACAGUCACUACGAUCCUGCUAUCUCUCCUGUUUGGACCCAGGAGAACCAAGAGCUGUCUCCAGAAGUCCAGCGCUGGUGGAUGAUGCUUCAGCCCCAGUUCAGGUCUCAUAACACCCUGGAGAUCCUGUCCCAGUUAUUCCAAAUCAUCCCGGGUCAGAACCCGUACCUGCAGCAAGACCCCCUGACCUGCCGCCGCUGCGCUGUGGUGGGGAAUUCGGGCAAUCUCCGAGGAUCCGGCUACGGAAAGGAAAUUGACAGCCACAACUUCAUCAUGAGGAUGAACCAGGCCCCCACACUGGGAUACGAGGUCGAUGUCGGAGCCCAAACCACUCAUCAUUUCAUGUACCCAGAAAGUGCCAAAAACCUCCCUGCCAACGUCAGCUUUGUGCUGGUACCAUUCAAAGCUCUGGAUCUGCUGUGGAUCACGAGUGCCCUGUCCACAGGGCAGAUCCGCUUCACCUACGCCCCUGUGAAGGCUUUCCUGCGUGUAGACAAGGACAAGGUCCAGAUCUAUAACCCCGCUUUCUUCAAGUACAUUCACGACCGCUGGACGGAACACCAUGGCCGCUACCCCUCCACCGGCAUGCUGGUGCUAUUCUUUGCGCUACACGUCUGUGACGAGGUGAAUGUUUUCGGCUUUGGCGCAGACAGCCGGGGGAACUGGCACCACUACUGGGAAAAUAACCGCUAUGCCGGCGAGUUCCGCAAGACCGGGGUUCACGAUGCAGACUUUGAGGCGCAAAUCAUUGACACUCUUGUCCGAGAAGGCAAAAUGAACGUGUUUCGCAGCACAUGAGGACCGCUGCGUCCCGUCUGCCCGUGGACAUUCCUUCACAAACUGCUUGCAGAUCAGUGAGCUUGUUACAGAAGGUGCCAUUUUGUGUGUU